AUGGACUUGGUUGGAGGUAGAGGUAGGGGUCGAGGUAGGGGCAGAGGCAGAGGUAGGGGCAGGGCCCCUCCAGUCGAGAUGUGCGAGGAUGAGGUAGAGACACCAGAGUAUGAACUGCCAGUUCCACCAGUGAUUAAUGUGGAGGAUGCCACUCGCUUGUCGAAAUUGGCAAAGGAAAUUUAUAGUCUGGGAGCAAUUCCAUUUAAGGGUGGCACAGACUAUAUGUUGGCAGACCAGUGGAUCGAAAAUAUGAAGGGCUACUUCCAGAUGGUGAUUUGUGAUGAGCUGGAGAAGAGGAACAUAACAUCGUUUAUGCUUCAGGAGGAUGCACGGUUGUGGUGGAAUGGCACUGAGAGGAUGAUGGACGUGACCACUCUAACUUGGGAUGGCUUCGUGGAACUCUUCAGGCAGAAAUACUUCCCAGUUACAGUGAGACAGCAGUUGGAGAGACAGUUCCAUUCACUAACUCAAGGGAAGUUGAGUGUGAGGGAGUAUGAGGUAGAGUUCAACAGGUUGUAUCAGUUUGUGAGACAGUUAGAUCCUGAGAGUUUGGCCAUGAAGUUUCAGUUGGGGUUGAACCCAUCGAUUCGGCGUGACGUAGCCAUUCUGGGACUAAAGGAACUAAGACUCGUUGUGGCUAAGGCAUUAACCAUUGAGCAGGAAAACCAGAUUCUCCUGGAGGAGCAGACAGUUGAGAGAGAUUUUCAGAGGAAGGGAAAAGCAGUUGCUGAGAAUAGCCAUACAACAGGCAAACGAAGUAACUUCUGGAAGAGACAGAGGACUAACCAGCAGGCACCAACUAGGGCCAUAGUCGCAGCACCUACUAAUGGGAUGCCUAUUAGACAAGUGGCACCUCUGAAAUGUUUCAAUUGCCAUGAGUUGGGGCACAUUUCACGGAACUGCUUGAAACCAAAGAAAAUAGUGUGCUAUACUUGUGGUCAGGCAGGACAUAUCUCUCGGGAGUGUCCACAUCAAUGGGAUAGGGGCCAAAGAAACCAGCAGAGGCAGCAGCCUCAAGGUCAGGCUAGAGUCUUCGCCAUUGGACAGGGAGGCACAUGGGUGGAAGGUACCUUAUCUAUCUAUAACUAUCUUGCUAGAGUACUGUUUGAUAUGGGAGCCUCCCAUUCCUUUAUAUCUAGUUCCGUGGUAGAUGUAUUGGGCUUGAUUUCCAUACCUCUUACUGGGUCAUUAUGUGUUACUUCACCUCUCGGUGUAUCUCUUGAGCUUGAUAUGUUUUGUAAUGAUUGCCCUCUUUGGAUAUGUGGUAAAGAAUUCUCUGCAUCGUUGAUUGUGAUACCAGAUCACACAUAUGAUGUGAUUUUGGGUAUGGAUUGGUUGAGCCCGAACCAUGCAUUGAUUGAUUGCUUUAGGAUGAUUGUGUCCUUUCGUAUUCCGGGACAACCAGUGUUUCAUUACCAUUGUCUGAGGUCCGACAUCGCCAUGAGGACAGGGACUUUGGCUCAUAUUGAGUCAGGGAGUAGUACUUCUGAGAUUUCAGGGAUUCCUGUAGUUUCAGAGUAUGCUGAUGUGUUUCAGGAGAUACCAGGGUUGCCUCCAAAAAGGGUAAUGGACUUCUCCAUUGACGUAAUACCAGGUACUGCCCCUGUAUCGAAAGCACUCUAUCGGUUGGCUCCAGCUGAACUUCAGGAGUUGAAGGUUCAGAUUGAUGGAUUACUUGCUCAAGAGUUCAUACAGGCUAGUGUAUCUUAUUGGCUUGCACCAGUACUGUUUGUAAAGAAGAAGGAUAAUUCACUUCAUUUAUGUGUGGAUUAUCGGCAGCUGAACAAGGUGACCAUCAAGAACAGGUACCCUUUGCCUAGAAUUGAUGACUUGUUCGAUCAGCUUAGAGAGGCUACUGUGUUCUCAAAGAUUGAUUUGAGAUCUGGAUAUCACCAGUUAAGGGUGAAGGAUGAGGAUAUUCCUAAGACGGCAUUUAGAACUAGGUAUGGGCAUUAUCAAUUUCUUGUCAUGCCUUUUGGUUUAACUAAUGCACCUGCGGCAUUCAUGGACUUGAUGAACCGUACGUUCAGUCCUUAUUUAGAUCAGUUUGUGGUGGUGUUUGUUGAUGAUAUCUUGAUUUAUUCAAAGUCGUCUGACGAACAUGAGAAGCAUUUGCGGAUUGUACUGCAAACAUUAAAAGAGAAGGAGUUGUACGCCAAGUUAGAGAAAUGCGAAUUUUGGCAGAAAGAGGUCAAGUUCCUUAGUCAUGUAGUUUCGAAGGAUGGAGUUUCGGUGGAUCUUUCGAAGGUUAAAGCGGUGAUGAGGUAUUACAGGCGAUUCAUUGAGGGGUUUUCUAGUAUUGCUUCGGCUUUGACCAAGUUGACAAGGAAGGACACUCAGUUUGUAUGGACGGAUGAGUGUGAGAAGGCUUUCAACGAAUUGAAAACAAGAUUGACUACAGCUCCAGUGUUAACUAUUCCUACUAGUGGUGGUGGUCUAGUUAUCUAUAGUGAUGCAUCUCAUCAGGGUUUGGGGUGUGUGUUGAUGCAGAAUGGUGGUGUUGUUGCGUAUGGUUUUAGACAACUAAAAAUUCAUGAGCGGAACUACCCCACUCAUGAUCUAGAGCUAGCUGCAGUAGUGUUUGCCUUGAAGAUUUGGAGACACUAUCUAUAUGGUGAGAAAUUCGAACUCUUUUCUGAUCAUAAGAGUUUGAAGUACCUGUUCUCCCAGAAGGAGUUGAACAUGAGGCAGAGGAGAUGGAUGGAGCUCAUCAAAGACUAUGAUUUCACUUUGGAGUAUCAUCCUGGAAAGGCCAAUGUAGUGGCAGAUGCUUUGAGUAGGAAGCCCCGAGUAAUCAUGGCAUCGCUUAUGGUACAGGAGUGGCUUAUAUUGAUCAUUCAGGGUCAGACACUUGAUGAGUUUGCUCAGGCAAGGAUUGCUGAGAUGACUGCAGAUCCGAAUGUGGAGGGCCCUUGUGAGCGGGCUAUUGGGACAGAUGGAGGGUUGAGAUUUCGUGGAAGAUUGUAUGUACCAACUGUUGAUAACCUUAAGGAGGAGGUCAUGAAGGAAGCGCAUAGAUCUUGA